AUGUUUGAAAAAUCUGCCCACGGAAUACCACCAGGUGGAUUAACUUCACAGCAGUCAAAAAAAUUAACGAAACCAGAUGAUAAAUGUUUGAAAUAUACUUUGGCGUACAAUCUAGUACAAAAUCUUCUCAUCAUACUUCUAUUUUGCAUCGUGGUCAUUUAUUUUGAAAGAAAGGUCGACCAUUUGGAAGCGCGUUUAAGAAGUGUUGAAUCGAAGUUCGCAUCUAAUUAUGACGUCAACAAGUUUUCAAAGGGCGAAAAUACACUGACGCUUGUGGAAACAACAUCACCGCCUCUAAUUUAUUCUCGGAAAAUCAGGGAGGUAGGAUCCUGUGCUUGCCCGCCUGGACCCCCAGCUCCAUUUAAAAUUUUAAUUAUUGAACUUAGAUUAGAUGAAAAUCUCAUCAGGAUGAUAGUAAUCUGCCUAGCGAUAAUUAUAAAACAUGAACUUACAUAA